AUGGACCCUGCUCUACGUGGAGACGCCAUCCGAGCUCUUCGGCUAGGACUCACCUUCGCUGAACAGAGUCUGCAAUACUUGGUGCCGGCACCGUCUGCGCAGUCUCGGCCCCCAAUCCCGCGCCGUCCCCAUAACGGCAUGUUGGAUUCUCGAGUGACCCGCUCCCGCUCCCCACAAGCCAAUCGAGCAGAAGUGGUACUCAACCGUGGGCGGAUGCGGCAGCGGCCAACCCACCGCCGUCGCUCCCCCUCCCCGCUUCGUCGCGCCUCCCCCAAGCGGCGUGGUGCAAGAGGACGCCCGCAACCCCCAACCAGGCACCCAGCUCGCAUCGUAUCCCAUAGUGCUCGCCCUCCCACGGCACACAGCCACGGGGGACCAGGUACCCUUGCAGGGUCACAGGCUCGUGUGCCUAGCCAUCCGAGGCGCUCGCAGACCGAGCAAACCAGGUCAGGCAACCCGACCAGUGGUCCUAACCCACCAAUUGGGCUUUGCAUCCGUGGCGCCCGAGGAGCCACAUCUGCCACAGGUGGGCAAGCAGUCCACGCAGCAAUGGCCCUUCUCUCCCCGACUUUUGCCUGCCUCCAGCCGGUAUUUCAUGUCACGCAAGUAGGGGAAGGUUCAUCUUCGUAUGUACUUGUGGGACACCACGCUUUCCAGGACAUCGCGACGUUGGUUAGCAUUCUACGGGAGCUCCAGGCUGGUAACGGCGGACGGAUGGCCACCGCUAUCGGGGACAUCCAUGUGGAGGCCGCGGACACGGAUAUCGGACAUGAGGCAGCCAGACGGCUGGCUGUGGUGAGUGAGUCUGGCGACACUCCCGAGGACCCUAACAUGGUUGAGCCGCAUGCAUGUCUAAGGCCUGCAGCGGAUGGCAACACGGAGCCUGCCCAGCGCACAUCCGACCCAACCACCAGCAACAUGGCUGAACAACAUGCCGAUAUGCCUGAUUCGAGCGACACAGUGAGAGCCCCGGUCGCGGCUGAAGCUCCCAUAGUUCCGGCUGCCGCGUUCAACGCUGAGUCGGGGAGUGGCCCCACCCCCCCGCCCGAGGCGGUGCCUCCGCCUUCCCACUCACCUGAACAUGUUGGUUUUCCGCCGUCUUCGUUGCCCUUGAGUCGUGAGGAGCCCGUCCCUCAUCCCGUCCUGCCCUCAUCAGGUCAUGCCCCGCACCCUGCCCCGGCUGACGCUGUUGAUGGCGCCCCGCCCCGUCACUCCCUGCCCUCUUCUGCCAGCCCCGCCUCUCCCGGAUCGGCGGGUAUCGCUCCUAUGACCCCUCCAGUGGACUGCGAGCUUACACCCCAACUCAGGGGUGUGGAGUAUGUGCUGGGCCCCAACUGCCUACUGCCAGUCACCAGUUGCACUAGCUGUUUGCAGCCUUUCGAGGCGGGCGAGACGCUCGUCCGGUUGGUUUGCAUGCACUACUUUCACAAGGAGUGUGUUACGAGAUGGUUCUCCUCUCCCAUCCAUGGCCACCGCUGCCCGAGCUGCAACGUCAAUCUGAUCGGUUUGGACGGCUGA